AUGCAGAAGAGCAUUCAGAGCUACUUCCAGGCUCGACCCGGGACCCUGCGGGUAGGGGCGAAGGUGGAGAGUUUGAAGACAAGCAAGUGCGGAGAGGUGGUGAAACUCUCGAGAAACGACAAAGGUGUGUCGGAGGCAACAGUCUUGCUUGCCAACGGUGAGAGGAUGGUCGGGUCUUCGAUCAUCGGGAAGGACUUCAACUUGAGAGAGGAUGCUGGCGACGGCUCGGGCAAGGACAGCAAGUGGGUCAGCCCGACCAAGAAGCCGCCGGAAACCAUUCCCAAACCCCGCAGCCCAGCUGAAAAGAGUCCGGCGGGCACAAGGAAGGUCCAAGACAUCAUCUCGCCUUCCAGCAAGAGUCUCGACUCGCUCCGACUGCAGUCGCCCAAUCGAUCGCACAAUGCCCUGGCCUCCUCCUCCUCCCCCCUUGCCCUGAGCGUUUCGCCCCCGACAAUCAGGAAAGGCAAGGAAACGGAAGGAAAGGGAGGAAGCAGCAGGCAGCAAGCGUCUCCCUCCUCCAACCAAGGAAAGCAGCAGGCCUUGAAAGGAGCGACAGCUCCUGCUGAAGCCUCCAAGAAGAGCUUUUGGUGGUGGCUAGAGGAUCAGCAUAUCAAGGAUGCGAACCAACGACGACCGACUGACCCCGACUAUGACGCAUCGAGCGUGUUCGUGCCGCCGGACAGCUUCAGGGAGAUGACGAACUUCCAGCAGCAGUACUGGAACAUCAAGAAGUGCAACUUCGACACCCUCAUCCUCUGCAAGCUCGGCAAGUUCUACGAGCUCUACGAGCGAGACGCACUGGUCGGGCACAAGGAGCUGAACCUGAACUUCACUCACGGGGGAAGAGACCCCAAGAACCCCAGGAGGAUGAUGUGCGUGGGAGUGCCUGAGGCUUGUGUGGAGGCGACUGCGAGCAAGAUCGUUGCGUUGGGAUAUAAAGUGGGGCUUGUGGAGGAGAUGGAGAAAGCGACGUCGAUGAAGAAGAUCGCGGACGGGAGAAAAGUCUGCGAGCGAUCGUUGCGGAAAAUGUUCACGCCAGGGACCCUCUGCGACGAGGAGCUGAUCGGCACUCACGAGUCAAGGCCCCUCGUCUCUGUCUUCCUUCUCGAAGAGUCCAGGACGUCCGACGACCCCCACCUCCAGCUGGGUUUCUGCUUGGUUGACUGCACAACGGGGAGGCUGUUGGUGGGAAGUUCAGACGUAAACGACUUUGAGGUUCUUCUGCGACAGUACACGCCGUACGAGGUGCUGCAUCCUCGUGGUCGCAUGAGCAGCUUCCUGAAGAACAUCAUCCGGAGGUGCGUCCCUGCUGCCUCCUGGACCUCCCUCCCCAUGGGGAUCAAGGAAGACGAACUAGCAGCCAACGCGGUAGGAGGAGUCUUGUCGUACUUGGAGAAGAUCGGAAAGAGCACAAGCGUGCUGGCGAUGCGGAAGUUGGAGUUUCUUGAGGAGGUCCGGACGACAGCGAGCAGGCACAUGCUCCUUGACUCGCAGACUCUGUCCGGGUUGAACGUGCUGGAGCAUCCGCAGGAGAAGAGGAGGGGAGAGGCGACAUGCCUGUGGCACUACAUCGACCGGGCGGCCACCUCCUUCGGCAAGCGGCUGUUGCGCUGGUGGAUCGCUCGCCCUCUGGUGAGGAGGGAGGACAUCAGAGCCCGGCUGGACGCCGUUCAGAACCUCCAGCUGGAGGACCUGGCUGGGCAGCUGCAGCAGCUCAUGGCCAAGAUGCCGGACCUUGAAAGGAAGCUGGCGCGCGUGCGGCAGCACAGCAGGAGGCAGGAGGAGGAGCAGGGGGUGGCAGAAGCCUCGGCAACGCAGAGGAGGAUGGUGCGGGAGGUUGUGCAGCUGCUAGACGGGUUCCGGUUGGUCCAGGGAGUGGCGGAGAUGCUGGCGGAGCGACAGGAGGAGAUCUCUUCUCCUCUCCUCCUCAGCCUCCUCCGCAACCUCCCUGACACUUCCUCCGUCAUCGAAUCGGUCUCUUCCAAAUUCGACAUGCCCCUGGCUCGCGAGAAAGGCUCCCUCUCCCUCCUUCCUGGCUUCGAUCGGUCUCUUGACGACAGUCUUAGGCGGAAGGAGGAUGUGGACAAGCAGCUGAACGAGUACCUGCUGGAGGAGAAGAAAAGAACCUCCUGCUACAAGAUGAGAUUUGCCUCGAGCUCCAAGGACCCCUUCCUCCUUGAAGUCCCAGCUGAUUUCCCCUCCUCCUCCGUACCCGACCACUUCGAGCUGCACAGCGCGAACAAGUCGUGCAGGAGGUACAUGACAGAAAGGCUGCGCGGUUUGCUCGUGCAGCUGGAGGGGGUCAAGGAGGAGGCGGACGACUUGCACCGUCGGGCAAUGGGCAUGCUCUGCUGCGAGCUCGAUGGCUCCUUCCCCCUCCUCUCCCGGGCUGUGGCAUGCAUGGCGGAGCUGGACGCCCUCUGCUCCCUCGCCAGGGCCUCCGUGAGCUCCGACGGGCUUCCCAUGUGCAAGCCGGAGGUGCUGGAGGAGGAGGAAGGAGGCGGGAGCGGCGCUCCAGUCUUGCAGGUCAAGGGGAUGCGGCACCCCUUCCUUGCAGGGUCGGGAGGGACCUUUAUCCCCAACGACAUCGAGCUUGGGGGAGGAACGAGCUGCCUCCUCCUAACGGGGCCCAACAUGGGGGGCAAGUCGACGACCCUGCGGCUCGCCUGCUUCUCCGUGAUCCUGGCUCAGAUCGGAUGCUACGUGCCGGCCGAGAUCAUGCGCUUCUCUCCUGUCGACCAGGUCCUCACGAGGCUCGGAGCAGGAGAUGACAUCCUCCGGGGCCUCUCGACGUUCAUGGUGGAGAUGCGCGACGUGUCCGCCAUGCUCUCCUCCUCCUCCCGUCACUCCCUCGUCAUCAUCGAUGAGCUGGGGAGAGGCACAAGCACCUUCGAUGGCCUCGCCAUCGCCUAUGCCGUCCUCAAAGACUUGGUGGACAGGGUUGGCUGUCGCACCCUCCUCAGCACUCACUAUCAUCUCCUCGUCGACGAGUUCCGCGAGGACUCGCGAGUCGCUCCCAUGCACAUGGCGUGUAGGGUCGAGGAGGAGACAGACAGACUGAUCAUGCUCUACAAGCUCACGCCGUCGGCAUGCUCCCGCUCCUUUGGUCUCGAGUGCGCAAGGGCCGCAGGCAUCCCCCAGGAGCUCCUCGGGAGAGCAGCAGAGGCUUCACGGGGGCUGGAAGUGAGCACGAGGAGCAAGAGGAAGCGAGAGGACCCUCCCUCCUCUUCCCCGAGCAAGAGAAGCUGCAAGGAAAGCGCCAGAGCGAGGAGCCCACAGCUCAGCAGCUUCCGGAGGAUCUGGCAGGAGAUCCCGCAGGGGGAUCGAGCGCUGUCGGGGAAGGAGGCAUUGAUGGCCUUCAACACCCUGACGAGGUUGUGGGUGGAGCAAUCUUGA